UUCAUCCAUACUACACAUAUAGUGAGUGAGUGAGAAAGGGGCUGCAUGGCCUCACAUAAACCGCAAAUAACAUCGCGGGUUUUUUUUUUUUUUUAAAUUCAAAACGUGUUGUUAUCGUGUGAUAUGUUUUAAUAACAAUUAUCCACUUAUUCGGUUAAUGUCAUCUUCACUGCAAAGUUGUCAUUGUUGUCAACGAAAUUCAUAAACAACGUCAAUCAAAAAUAUAUAUUUAAUUUUUCAUUUUAAUAUUUAAAUUUUUUUUUUUUUAUUUUGUUAUUUAAUUAUUUUAAUUAUAUGAGAAAAAAAAAGUUUAAUUAUAAUUGUGAAAAGUUUUAGUUGAUAUAUAUAUUUUUUUUCCAUAAAUUACGUGAGUGGUUUUUUAAUUUUUUAUAAUAAAAAAAGUAAAAAAAAAAAGUCACACACACAGUCUUUGUGUAAUUUAAAAAUUAUUAUUUUAUUUAACAUUGGACUUUAUACAGUCAUUUCGAGUGUGUACAAAUGUCAAGUAUAUAAACUGAAGUGGUACAUAGGUAUAUAGACAAAAAUAUAAAAAAUAAAUAAAUAAAAAAAAAAAAAAAACUUGAUGUUACUUUGUUAACGGAACUUGAAUAGUGAAAUCAGCAUAUUAAUAUUUUUUUUUUUUCAUUAAUAUCCAAGUGAAAGUGUAUACGUACAGUUAAUAAAAAUUCAAAAAAAAUAAAAAAAAUUUAUUUUCAAUUUGUGAGACAAUCCUGCGUAAAUAUGAUUUGUUUCAAUGACACAUAAAUAACAUUUGGAUCAAUUGAAAUAAAAAAAAACGAAUUGAUAAAGAAAAAUAAUAAAAAAAAAAAAAAAAAGCGAGUAGAUAAUAAAAAAAUUUAUCUAAAUGACAAUGCUUCAGUCGCAAAAGCUGUACAGCGAGGCUGGCAGCCUUGGCAGUGCCAUGACAAGUGCAACAAUGUCAAGUAUGGGAAGUAUGGCACCAACAUACAGUACAAUAAAUAGUAUGGGUUGUGUAUCAAUGGGUAUGCCAAUGGGUGUUGGUCCAAAUUGUAGUCCAAAUAAUUUACAAGCUGGUUUUAAUAUGGGUACAAUGAGUACAAUGGGUAUGUCAUCAAUGGGAGGUGGUGGUGGUGGUGUUGGUGGUGGUAUGGGAAGUUAUGGUGGUACAACAAUGGGUGGUUCAAGUGCAUGUAUGAGUGCUGUUGGUUAUCCAUCAAUAACUGGUGGUGGUGGUGGUGUUGGUGGUGGUGGUGGUGGUGGUAAUAUUGGUGGUGUAACACGUGAUACAUUAUCAUUAAAUGAACCAGAUUCACCAAAUUCAGCAUUACAACGUGCACGUAAUGAUAAAUCAUAUAGACGUAAUUAUACACAUGCUAAACCACCAUAUUCAUAUAUUAGUUUAAUAACAAUGGCAAUACAAAAUGCACCAUCAAAAAUGUUAACUUUAUCUGAAAUAUAUCAAUUUAUUAUGGAUUUAUUUCCAUUUUAUCGUACAAAUCAACAACGUUGGCAAAAUUCAAUAAGACAUUCAUUGAGUUUUAAUGAUUGUUUUGUUAAAGUACCAAGAACACCAGAUAAACCAGGUAAAGGUUCAUUUUGGACAUUACAUCCAGAAAGUGGUAAUAUGUUUGAAAAUGGUUGUUAUUUACGUCGUCAAAAACGUUUUAAAGAUGAAAAAAAAGAACAUGCUAGACAAACAACAAAACCACAUCAAUCACAUCAUAAUUCAAGUGGUGGUAGUGUUGGUGUUGGUGGCGGUGGUGGAGGUGGUGGUAGUGGUAGUGUUGGUGGUGGUGGUAGUAGUGUUGGUAGUGGUCAUGGUAGUCCAGUAUCACAUGAUUUAUUACAUGGUAAAAAAACACCAUUACACCAUAAUAUUGGACAACAACAUGAUGAUAAAGAAUUACAUUCACUUGUAUCAUCACAUAAUCAUCAUCAUCAUCAUCAUCAUUCAUCAAGUUUACAUCAACAUCAUUCAAGUUUAAAAAAUGAUCAAGAUAUUGGUGGUUUACUUGGUACUGAUCUUGGUGCAGCACAUGAUGAGCUAGCAGCAAUGGUUGGUAGAAGUUUACAUCCACAUUUAUUAAGUGAUCCAACAUCGCUACAUCAUACAAUGACUGGUAGUUUAAAACAAGAACCACCAUAUACUGCAGCAUCACAUCCAUUUAGUAUAACAAGAUUAUUACCUGGUGAAACAGCAGCAACAUCACCAAAUUCACAAGAGCGAAAACAUCCUGAUUUAAAAAUGUAUGAACAAUUACAUCAAAGUUAUGCUAAUUAUGGAUCACCACAUCAUUCACAUCCACAUUCUGGUGGACCAACACAUCAUCAUCAUCAUCAUCACAAUGGUAUGCAUGGUGGUGGUGGUGGAGGUGGAGGAGGUGGAGGAGGUAAUGGUGGUCUUAAUUCAUCAGUUACAAUGCAUAAUAUGACUAAUCAUCAUCAUCAAGAUUAUUAUCCAAGUCCAUUGUAUCAUCAUGCAACUAGUAGUAUUACAACAUCAAGUAGUAUUGCACCACCAACAUCAGUAUCAUCAGCACCAGGAUUGUGA